UUAUCAGAACUUAGUUUUGACCCUAGGCCUGAAAUUAGGAAGAGUGCUUUAGAAUUGCUGUUUGAAACUUUGCGCAACCAUGGUCACCUCUUCUCAUUGCCUUUGUGGGAAAGAGUAUUUGAAUCUGUCCUUUUUUCUGAUAUUUGACUAUGUGCGUCAUGGUAUUGAUCCAGCGGGUGGUGACACAUGAGGAGGUGAUCGUUAACGACAUGGAUGAACUUGAUCAAGAUGCAUGGCUCUACGAGACGUGUAUAUUGGCUCUCCAAUUAGUUGUAGAUCUUUUUGUGAAUUUUUAUAAUACUGUCAAUCCACUUUUGAGGAAGGUUCCCUCUUUACUUGCAAGUUUUAUCAAGCGUCCCCACCAAAGCCUAGCUAGUAUUGGAACUGCUGCAUUUGUACGUUUGAUGAGCAUUGCUGGAAAUCUUUUUUAAGAGGAGAAGUGGCUGGAAGUAGGUUCAUUAAAAGAAGCAGCUAAUGCAACACUCCCUGAUUUUUCUUACAUUGUUAGUGGGGAUAGCAUGGCUGGUAGCAAUGGACAUGCUUUGAAUGGCCAAAGUAUCGAGGCUUCUGCGGAUUUGGACACAUCCCAGGGUGAUUCCGAAAGCCUGAGAACACAGCGCCUUUAUGCUGCUUUAUCAGAUGCAAAAUGCCGGGCUGCUGUUCAGCGGUAAUGGAGAUUUACAUGUAUCGAACUCGCCUUUCAGCUAAGAGCACCUUAGUCCUGUAUGAGUCCAUGCAUGACGUGGCUUCCCAUGCUCACAGGAUCAACAUUGAUACUCUGCUACGAUCCAAGCUUCAAGAUCUUGGUCCCAUGACCCAAAUACAAGAUCCUCUACUGAUGCGUCUUGAGAAUGAGUCGUAUCAAUUUUUCCUUACACUUGUGCAGAAUCUGAUAAUAUAUAGGCCCCUAAUGUUUCAGGAGGCUGAAGUGGAGUCCCAUCUUGUUGAUCUUUGUCAGGAAGUAUUGUUGUUCUAUAUAGAAACUGCAGGCUCUGGACAGACUUCUGAAACAUCUCCCAACGAGCAAAGCCAAUGGUUGAUUCCUUCAGUUUCUGGGAAACGAAGAGAAUUGGCUUCCAGUGCACCUCUUAUAGUGGCAACUCUCCAGGCUAUUUGUUGUUUGGGUGAUACUUUUUUCGAGAACUUGGCUCAAUUCUUCCCUCUUCUUUCGGGCCUGAUAAGUUGUGAGCAUGGUUCAAAUGAGGUCCAGACAGCUCUUAGUGACAUACUUAGCUCCUUGGUUGGUCCCGUUUUACUGCGAUCGUGUGGAUCUUGGGUGUGUGAUAUAGUUGCUUUCUUUUACCUCUUACUUAAUUCUCAGUUUCCAUUCUCACUUUUGGUUUACAAUAAUUGUUACCGGAAAUAUAGUUUCAGUGCAUGA